AUGAUCACCAACACAUCCCUUCACACCAUCCAUUUCGUUUUUGUUAUUUUCUCACUUGUCAUAUAUGCUAAUGGUGCCAUCAACAAGGAGAAACAAGCUCUCCUAGAUUUCAAAGCUUCCCUUGAAGACCCCUUUGGCCAACUCUCUACAUGGAGACCUGAAGAUGAUGAUUGCUGUAAAUGGAGUGGAGUCACCUGCAACAACCAAACAGGCCAUGUCACAAAGCUUCAAAUGACAUAUGCUUCUUUUGGAGUUCCUCUUACAGGCAGUCUUGGAGGUUUACGAGGUCAGAUUAGCAAUUCAUUGCUUAACUUAAGCUACUUGAAUCAUCUUGACCUUUCCUUCAAUGUCAUCAAUGGAACCAUUCCCAACUUCAUUGGUUCCAUGACUCAGUUAAGGUAUCUUGACCUUGAGGAUAAUGAUUUUCAUGGAACAAUUCCCAACUUCAUUGGUUCCAUGACUCAGCUAACAUACCUUAAUCUCGGUUACAAUUCUUUUAAUGGAACCAUCCCCGAGUCUAUCGGUUCUUUGACCAAAUUAAACUACCUUGACCUUUCCAACAACCGGCUUCAUGGAACCAUUCCUCUAGAAUUUGGAAACCUUACAAACUUGCGAAAUCUUUCACUUGGAACAUCCCAUGUAAGAUGUACGGUUGAAAACUUAGACUGGUUGUCGAAUCUUUCUCAUUUGCAACACCUUGACAUGGAAGGGAUUUCCUUAGCAAAAGCAAAUCACUGGAUAGAUUUCAUUCUAAGUCUUCGAAAACUAUCAUAUGUAAGUUUAUGGGGAUGUGACCUUUCAAGGGUCAUGUAUCCGUAUUCUUCAUUUGUCAACUCUUCUUCUUCAUCUAUUGGAAACCUAAUUCUCGGAAGUAACAAUCUCAGCUCAUCCAUGUAUCGUUGGUUGUUCCCAUUAACAAGCAAUAGACUUCUCUCUCUUGAUCUCUCUUACAACAAGUUAGAUGGGAUACCCAAAUAUCUUGGAAAUCUCUGUAAUUUGACAUCUUUAGCUCUCCACGGCAAUUCUGCAGUUGUCAAAUUUCCUGAUUUCCUAAACAAUUUAUCUGGAUGCACAUCAGUUACGUUGCGAGAGUUGGAUGCUUCAGGUAGCCAAUUUACAGGGUCAUUGUCUGAUGAGAUCCAAAAAUUCUUAUCCUUACAAAGUUUGACCCUACCCGAUAAUCACUUAACUGGGACCAUGAGUGAAAAAGUGUGGGAACUACCCAAUCUUCAAACUCUAGAUGUUUCUUCCAAUUCGCUUAGAGGUGUUGUAUCGGAAAACAUUGGAAAGUCAAAGCUUCAGAAGAUAGAUCUUUCAAACAACUCACUCAAAGUGAUUCAUUCCAAAGCUCAUGUGUUAAAUCUUUCCUAUGUAGUAGAGUAUAUUGAUCUGAGUGCUUGCAAGUUAGGGCCUCUCUUCCCCAAAUGGAUUCAAACACACAAGAAUCUUUCCCAUCUUGAUAUUGCCAAUAAUAGAAUUUCGGAUACAAUUCCUGAGGAGUUUUGGAACAUAUGGCCUUCACAAUUGACAUAUUUGAAUCUCUCUUCCAACAACAUCAGCGGAAAAGUACCAGAUUUGUUAUCAAAUUUUCACCUCUACGCGGUUAUAGAUUUGAGUUCCAACAACCUCCAUGGUCCAAUACCGAAUGUUCCUUCCACUUUGGUAUCAUUAAAUUUGUCCAAGAACAAAUUUUAUGGAGGGAUUUCCUUUUUGUGCCAAAUUGUGGAUGGGUUUCUAGAAUUUCUUGACCUCUCUCAUAACUUUAUAACAGGACAACUUCCGGACUGUUUGUGGCAUUUCAAAGAGCUAAAAGUUCUUAAUCUAGGAUACAACAAUCUUUAUGGAAGGCUUCCUGCUUCUAUAGGAUAUCUGGCUCAACUCGAGGUGUUGAAUUUAUACAACAAUAGCUUCUCAGGAGAAUUGCCUUUGACUUUGAACAAUUGCAAAGAGCUAAAUUUUUUGAAUUUGGGGGCCAACAAGUUUUUCGGUAACGUGCCUGUUUGGAUUGGGGAAAACUUAACAGGAUUGUAUGCUCUUAGCCUAAGAUCAAACAACUUCAUCGGACCCAUUCCUUUACAACUAUGUCAUCUCAUGAACCUUCAAAUCCUAGAUUUGUCAAUGAACAACCUCAAUGGAACCAUCCCAUCGUGUAUAAAUAAUAUUAAUGCCAUGGUUGAGCGAAGGUUACACGUGAAGAACAUACAUCAUUAUACAGUGGCUUACAAGAGUAAAAGUUCUUUUACUUCAACUGAGUUUACUGGUACGUAUGUUGACAACGCGAUGGUUGAGUGGGAAGGAAACGAGAUUGAAUUCACCAGUAAUCUGGGAUUGUUGAUAAGUAUUGAUUUGUCAAGCAACAAUUUAACAGGACAAAUUCCAAAUGAAUUAACUGAUCUUCAUGACCUGCUUGCAGUAAACUUGUCAAGAAAUGCUCUGCUUGGAGAGAUUCCACUGAAAAUUGGUGAGAUGAAAACACUUUUAAGUUUGGAUUUAUCUAGAAACAAAUUUUCGGGAAGGAUUCCAUCAAGCAUGUCUCAGAUGGCUUUAUUAAAUUACCUAGACAUGUCACAUAAUAACUUGUCAGGUAGAAUUCCAUCUAGCACUCAACUCCAGUCCUUUGAGCCUUCAAGGUACACCGGAAAUACAGAACUAUGUGGACCUCCCAUUACCAAAAAUUGUCCCGAAGAUGAAGUAUUGGAAGUCCUACCCUUUGUAGGUGAAAGUGAGAGUGGUGAGGAAGGCACGGAUGAACUUCAGAUAUGGUUUUAUAUUGGUGGGGGAAUUGGUUUUGCUACAGGAUUUUGGAUAGCAUGUGGCGCUUUACUUCUCAACCAUCAUGGGCGACAUGCUUUUUUUCACUUUGUUGAUAGAAAGAUUAGGUUUACGUAAAGAUGGU